AACAGAAACGUGUACACUUACGAAACCGGUAUGACUUGACAAAUUCGUCCUGGGGCAAAAUGUGUGAUUGACUCCUUUAACACCGUUAAAGAAACUGUAGCAGGUGCCUAAAUUCUAAUAACUGUAAACUAUGAGUUACUUUGAAAGCUAAUUGCCACUCGUCAGUUACAAACAUUGAAAUUUGGCCCGUGUUUAACCGUCCUUACUGACCCCCCAGUUAGCCUUUAUAUAUCGUCUCGUAAUGUGGGUCUUCGGCUACGGAUCUCUCAUAUGGAAAGUGGAUUUUCCUUAUGAGGAGAAAAAAGUGGGCUACAUUAAAGGCUUUAGCCGUCGGUUUUGGCAGGGCAGCACCGAUCACCGGGGGGUACCAGGCAAAGUGAGUAUCAUGAACCCUACAGAGCUAACUUGGUGCCAUGUCUGUGACAACAAGAGUGAUGAUGCUAAGCAGAGUUUAAAUGUGGGCUAUGUGGAGCUGAGAGGUAAAUUAGUGCAAAACACGGUAUCAAAAAGCCCAUCUAAUGUUAAAUAGUCAGUUUAUUACACACACAGUUAUUCCUUUAAUAUAACUAUUAUUGUAACGGAACAAAGACCAUUUUCUGGAGAUUUUAAUGUGGCGUGUUGUCUAAUCUAUUCCCUAAUGUAAGAACACAGUUGCUCAACAGUGUAGCUACUGAUCCCAUUUGACGUAUAAUUUGCAUAACAUGUUGUCAGUAGAUGACAAGUUACAAAUGCAGACAGGCCAGUAAGGCAACCCUCCACACCUCUAAUAUGGAGCACAGCUGUUGUAAUAUAAGAAUAUAUUUGGUGCCAUGGUUCCUUCUUAAUGGAAUUUUCCGGCAUAAAAUUAAGUUAGGGUCAAACACACCGUAACACCGAGUUAGACACCCCCUCGAGAGAUUGCUUGCUUCUCUUGUUAUACCAACUUUAGAAACAACUGCAUGAUAGCAAUACACAGCGGUCUAAGGAGCCACAAACCUCAACCAAAACGCCACUCUAUAGCCACAACUAAUGCUCAGAACGGCAACUUCAUCAACAGUACAUAUAGGGUCCAAGCCACAGCACUAGCCACCUAAUUUCUUUAGCAAGCGACUAAAAAAAGCACACCUACUCUCUUCCAGCAGCCGCUUGUUUGGAGUGAGACCUCAGGCCAGUCAAUUACGGACUACAGCAGGUGACGCAGUUCAAGGAAGAACAUUUAUGGUCAUUACUUUAUCAUUUCCUUGAAGUGAUAAUCACCACAUUAAUCCUUGAAUCCACAUGAAUCCAGAUGCGGUAGUUCUUCUGCCUUAGCAUCUCGGUCUGAUUGUAUUUCCAUGAGGAAAUUUUCAUAAAUGUUCCUUGAGCUGCGUCACCCUGCUGUAGUCGGUAAUGGAAUGGCCCAAGCGGCUGCUGAAAGAGAGUAGGUGAGCUGUGUUUAGUCUCUUUACUUUUGGUGGCUAGUACUAUGGCUAGGACCCUAUAUGUACUGUUGAUGAAGAAGUUAGGUGCCUUUCUGAGCAUUAUUUGUGGCUAUAGAGUGGCGUUUUGGUUGAAGUUUAUUUAUGGCUCCUCAGACAGCUGUGUAGUGCUAUCAUGCGGUCGUUACUAAAGUUGGUAUAACUAGAGAAGCAAGCGGUUGGCAACAUUCAUCUCCCGAAGGGGUGUCUAACUCUGUGUUAUGGUGUGUUUGACCCUGAAUUAAUUUUAUGCUGGAAUAUCCCUUAAAAUGUGUAAACUCGCUAUGCAAAUGGAAUUUUCAAGCAUCUAUGUACCAUCAAGGAUGCUGAAGGAGGAACUGAAUAUGCAGUAUUAAUAAUUUCCAAAUAAUCCUUUUUUGUCACAAGCCUUUUUUGAAUUACUUUAAUAUAUGGAGUCGUCUUUGCAUAUUUGAUGUUUGCUGUAUGCAGUUGUUCAGACAAUGGUUAUUGGAUGUGAUUCUGAGUCCAUGCAAAGAUAUCCAUUGCAGCGAUGUAUACUGUAUUUUUAAUGCAACUGAGGGCCCAAAGAUCAAAGCCAUCCAGUAUCAGUGAUCUGUUUUGUCUCUUUGGUACAGAGAUUUGUCCAGAUUCUCUAAAUCCUUCAAUGUUAGUAUGUACUGUACAUGAUGAAAUCCUCAAACUCUUUGCACUUUCCCUCACAGGAACAUUAUUCUGGAAUUGCUGAACUAUUUCCUCACCCAGUCUUUCACAGAGUAGUGAACCUCUUCACAUAUUUUACUCUCUGGAGCACUCUUUUUACAGUCGUGUUGCCAAUGUGUUACAAAUGGAUAUCAUCAUUUGGGAGAUGUUCUUAAAGGCGUUUCUUUUUUUUGCAUUAGACUACUGUCAAAGUGUUGUGUAAUCCCCGUCCCAAAUAAACAUAAAAACACGUUUUCCAUGCUACAAAAACAUUUGCAGUUUGAACCUUUGAUGUGUUUAUAAUGCAUCUGGAAAAACAGUAUUUUGGGCGGUUCUGUUGUACAACAGUAUUAUUACUUAAUUAGUAGUAGCUGAAUAAAUAACAAAUUAAGGUCCUUACACACCGGGACUGUUUUUUCGUGCGAUUAUUUCAGACAUCAAUAUUUUUUUUCGAACCCGUAUUUCUCACUAUUUGUUGCCAAUUAAAAAAAAUGUUGGCUCCCAUGUUAACAUUUUAUUAAAAUCUUUUCGGGUCUUCACAACAUGUGAAAAUAUUUGAUUAGAAAUUACUUGAAUUAUUUGUCAAGGAAUGCAUAUUAGUUAUAGUUCAUGAUAGAUCUAUACUUUUACAGAGGGGUUUUGUUUUUGAUGGUUUUUAUUGUUCAUCCUAUUGUUAUUCUUGAACUUCAUAUAAUUAUGAAGGUUUGCUGAACUGUAUGUCACUUAACUCCCUUCUCACACUGCUUACGUCUUGUCUCGUGUCCCUCACAGCCUGGCCGGGUCGUAACACUGGUGGAAGACCCUGAGGUAAGAAUUAAAACCUUGUUUAAACACUCGAAACUCUGAAGUAGUCAGUUUGAAAUGAGACCAGCUGACUUCAUUGAUUAAAUCACUGUCAUGAUCAAUGCUUCUCAAGCUUUGGUUGCUCAAUUAACCCACUGCUGCAGUUUUUCAUUUCUAAUACUAUUACAUCCAUUAAACACGGACAUUCAUGCAAUAAAUACAUAAACACCCAUCUUUUUAUCUCAAUAAAUUACUGCCCAUUUAGACUGGUUGUUAUAAUUGGUUGGGCGUCCUCUAAUACGCGAUAUUAAUCUUUAUUAUAUUGAUUGAUUUCCUCGUAGUGGCUGGGAAUACAUGUUUGUGUACAGCGACAGAUUGCGUAAGGCAUACUAACAGACAAAUCGAAUAUUAUUUGGACAGCAAGGAGAGGUAAGAGUCAUAACUCGCUCACCCUGUUUUAUAAUCGGGUGUAACUAUAAGCAAAUGUUUAUCGACACAUACGUACAGGGUGAGACAAACACGUGCAGGAACAGGUAAAGAAGACUGUACUGCUCAGUAGAGAAGAUUACAUCUCACACAGCUGGAACAAAGGAAAGGACAGCUUAUUGUAUUCUGACCUUGGAUGAGAGAUAAUUUGUUGCAGGCGAUGGUAAGGUGAUAAGGAGAUGCAGAGCGAGAACAUGGAAAGCAUCUGGAAAACAUGUAUUUAGAGGUGACUGAUGAGUAUCACUAAAUGUUUAUUAUGCGAUUAAAGUAAACCAUUCAUCGUCUUCCACAGGUUCUGAUCACAAUGUGCCGCAACUACAGAUUAUGGGCCCAGAAACUGUCUGUAAAUACUGAUAAGGACUUAUUCUAGCGCCUAAGGUCCAAGGUUUUGUGCUCCAUUGAAAGCCUUCAUAAUGACCCUGAGAGAAAUAUACAAUGUGAAAAUUACAAAGUAUUUAAGCUCUCUGCUGUUCUGCAUGCUUCACAUAAUACGUGUUUACAUGUUCUCUCUGAUUCCAAAGUGAAAUAAAAAGGCAGUUUUUCUGCCUUUAAUUGGCAGCUUCAUCUGACUGGAUCAAAAUGCACUGAAAGCAGAAGAAAGCAUUUUUAAUUAAAGUCACUCAGUCCACGUUGAUAAAGUGAGACUCCUGCGGUGUGUACUGUUCAAAUUCCCCAUUUUGAAUUUUUUUAAUAAUUGUUCACAAUAUUAAUUUGCUCAUCUCAUUUUUUAUUUAAUUCUGUUACCUGCAGCUUUUUUCUUGUUAAACUCAAAGCAUACCCUACAAUAGCUCCCUUUUCUGAGCCAUGUUUAAUGACAAUACUCAUCAGUAGGUAUGGGGAUCGUACAUUUUCAUUGAUAGUAAUACCUUUACCGAGGCUUCUUAAUGAUUUGACUACUAAUUGGUCCAGUUAUUGAGUCUUUUCAAUUAUUUUAUUCCUUUAAACAAUUCUAGUUUUAUAGGAUUUUCACCAAAUUCAUAAUUCUCAUUUUACUGACCUAACCCUGAACACCUCACAGUGUAACCCUAUGUUUCCUAAGUUUUAUCCUCCUCAUUUCAACAUCGUAAUUAUGAGACUAAAGGUCCUUACACACCGGGACUGACGCAAAAUUACGACGCAAAAUUACGACGCAAAAUUAUGAAAUAUUCAGAGGCGAAUUUUGACGCGCCUGACUAUACAUAUCAAGCGCAAUGCGAUUUUGCAACUUUCCGGGGGGGAAAAAGACGCGUCCCGGGUGGAAGCGAGAAGACUGACACAACAGCAGACUGACUGUUUUUCUAUUGACAUCCUAAAUAAUCUCACUAAAAAAACGCUCCCGGUGUGUAAGGACCUUAAAGCACAAGUAUGGACAUGCUAGAUUUGAUUGAGGAGCGCCCCACCUCAACUCAACUGGAUUGUAAUUUUUAACAAACAGGACUCUCUCUAAAGUCCGGAUAUGCUUAGCCUGGCUGCUUUAGGAGGAGGAGGAGGAGGAUGGCAGCCCUGCAGCAGCAGCUGAAGUUGAUGGAUUUAUUUCAAGCUGCAGACAGUAAAACUUCCUACAUUUAGCUUGAUUUGAUGCACAGCGCUGAUGUGCUUGGCCAUGAAGGUUGAGGUUUUUCUUUCACAACAUAAAUUGCUUUUCACUUCAUCCCUAUCUUCAGUUUUGGUAAACUGUAGCCACACUUUUGACCUCUUCAAACCUUCAGCCAUCAUCACUAGAAAUAUUUUUGUGUUGUUUUACACCUGCUCAAAUAUGUCAUUAGACAGACUAUUAAUGCGUGCACACUGAUUUAUUCCACACUACCUGACUGAACUCAAAGUAUAAGAUGAUAGGACUCUCGAGACUCGAUCGCAGACUUGAUAAGCUCAAAUGUUAUUGAUUUUCAGGUUUUGAAAAAUGCUAAACCAGGUAUUUAAUGGACCCAGUUAUUGAUCCCCAUCCCUAUCCCCCAGUGGCAGAAUAUAUAAAAAACACCAAAAUAACACCAUUCAGGUUAUGAAAUGUUUCACUGGAUAUAUAUUAUCAUAAGAGGUGCGCUGCAUAUUGACAAGACUUAUGUCAUAAACAAUCCAAAAAAAAACUCAGAUAGAGCAGAAUGAAACUGGCAGCAACCAGCUGCACAGAAAAACUCUGUUUCUAAUGUGACACACUGCUCCUCAAUCAAUGCGUUAACAAGUGGGGUGUACUGAGGGACCUCUCUCUCUCUCUCUCUCUGUCUCUACAGCAGGUUAUCAGACUUAGGAGCAGAGAGUGUCUAAAUCAUAACAGAUAGUGAUCUUACAAGAUUUCGAAAGAUAAGCAAAAAUGUAAAACCGGUUGAUGAUUGCACUUUGGCGGCCUGCCCAGGUAUUAUUGAUGUUUGGGGAACACUGGAUAAUACAUAUUCAUUUAUUUAUGUGCUGAAAAAUAAGUUACAUGAUAAACCGAUUAUCAUUUCCAUAUUGCUAAAAAAGUGUAAGCAGCCAUAGUGAUUUAAGUCACUCCAUGAGCAUAAAACGCAAUCAUGUACUUAUAAUAUACGACUCAUUAAAGCCUUAUUUUAUUACAUUUAAAUAAAUAAAAUUGAAUUUCACCUUUUACAUCAAUUAGACCAAGAAAACCAGCACUUAGUAUUCAUAUUUGAGAGGUUGUAUUCAAGAUAACUUUGGCAUUUUAAAGCUGUCAGAAGUUUUGUUGUUGACUUAUUUUGUUUGAAUGACUAACGCAUUGUAUGACUAAGCAUUUUUUGAGCUUAAGUGACUUGCUUCAGUGACAUAACAUUCAAGGAAUCAUGUUACACGGUUUGUCACUCUUCAUUCAUCCUCCUGACAUCAAACUUACAUUUCUUCUUCUAUGACUCUCCCUGUCUCCUCAGGGCUGUGUUUGGGGUGUUGCCUACAAGCUUCCAACGGGUCGAGAGCAGGAAGUCAAGAGUCACCUCGACUACAGAGAAAAAGGGGGCUAUCAGGUCAUCACAGUGAACUUCCACCCCCGCCCACCUCUCACCUCCUCACCCAGCCAGACGCUGCUCUACAUCGGGUCAAGGGACAAUCCCAACUACCUCGGUCCCGCCCCUUUGGAAGAGAUAGCCAACCAGAUAGUCAGCUCUACCGGUCCUAGUGGGAAAAACACAGAGUAUUUGUUUCAGCUGGCUGAUGCUGUGAGGACUAUACUGCCUGAGGACUCAGACACACACCUGUUCUCUCUUGAAACUUUAGUGAGAGAAAGAAUACUCAAUGGGCAGAAACACUUGAACAAUCAAACAGGCUGACUGUAAUGAAUGAAGUAAAUGAGCUUGAUGAAUAAAAAACACAAGGCUGGAUCAGUCAAAGUAUCUCAGGGUUUAUGGUACACAUGGGGCCUUGAGAAUAUUCAGCGGGUUCAGAAAACAGGUUGACAGUGUUCGUUUAUAUCACUAACUUUACCACUUGAAAGAAAUAAACAAACACUGAUACUGCAUUAAAUAUUUAAAGCUGCUUCAAAAUAGGGAGAAUGAAGACUACUUGAAAGCACUGUAUCCGGUAUACGUGUUUGGUGAUCACAAUAUUUUGAGGAUGAACUUAUUAUUUUUCUGGUAUAUCGACGACUGGUCUGUGCUCAAUCGACGGCACUCAGAAAGGAUGGUUUGAUUUAAUCAAAGCUGAAUGUUUUGGGUGAAUAUCUGCGCACAUUGAUAACAUACAUUUUUCAACAUUAAGGCUGCGAGUGCACUUCUGUCCCACUGCUGCAGUAGAUGUAAGCCCACGCAACAUUUUCUGUAUGUUAACUCUGUUAAUAGUUUGGAGCCUGGAGCAACUUUGGAAGACUUGAAGCACUUGUAAUCUUUGUUUAAAAUAUCAAUCCCAAGUAUGAUUUUAUGGGUUGGAAAUACAAUUACUGUAAUCAUAAGAAUUAAAAAAAUGCUAUAAAUGGAUUUCAACUGCUCAAUAAAAACAUGUUUGUGCAUUCACUGGGCAAAAUGUGUCAUUCCUUUUUUUCAACAAUACAUCUUAGCAUGCCAAAUAUAAUGAAGUUACUUUAAUGUAUAACUAACAACCAUCAAAAUCAACCUCAGCUGCAAUAUGUACCAUUGAGGGGAUACAGCCAACAAGAAAACUAUAAGACAGAGAUGAAGGUAAAUGGCUUCUCUUUUAUCUGCAUGAUAAGGAGGGAUGAUAUAAUGUCAAUCAUUUGUUUAUGAAGCCUUUGUGUAGCAGCCCACACUGGAAAUGCUGAGUCGAACUGCGCAUUAAUCCAGAAACAGUUGGAGUUGAGGUGGGGCUCGCCUCUUGGUAAAUAGCAUCAGCAUUACUACCUCUCAGUCAAACCCAGCAUGCCCAUACUUGUGCCUUAAUCUCACAAUCACAGCAGACAAGUUAAAAGCAACUACCAUAUCAAAACACAUAUUUGUCAGAUUGUAGGAACCAUUAUAACUUGGAGUACCAGGCUAUAGCCACAUUUAAUCCUGCUUCCAGCUAAAGU